UGAUGCAUGUAUCGGAAAAUGUAUGCACUUGUCGCCGCGUUUAAAAAAGAAACUUUGAAAUAUUGUUGUCAUUAUUAAAGUGGAAUUUGAGGAGUAUACAAAUAAAAAAAUUUAAAAUUAUUUUGCAAGUUUAUUAUGUGUUGAUUACCGCAUAAUAAUAUAUGAUAUAAACAUAACAAUUACCAAUACAUUGAAAAAUAUAAUAACAUAAAUUAUAUUUAAAAAUUAUUAGUUAUAUGAAUGAAAGAGAUUCAACAAUAAAGAAUGAAAAAAAAUAAAAAAAAAAUUUAAAUUAACAAAACUAAAAAUUUUAACAGUGUUUAAAUCAUCGCAAAAAUUAAAAAUAAUUGUAUAACAAAAUAAGAAACAAUAAAAUCAAUCUAAAUGUAAUAAUAAAAUUACAUAAUUUGUGUAUAAAAAACAAUAUAAACCAAGAGAAAAAGUGUUAAAAAGAACACAUUUUACAUAAAUGGUUCCAUUUAAAAUCUAAUGUUGUUACUAUUACUUUGUUUCCUGAUGAAACUUGUGGACUUAUCAAUGUUAAAUCGGUCGCGUAACAACGGCUCGGCCAACAAUCCUAACCAUCAACAUAAUCAUCAUUUUUAUCAAAAUCAUAAUCAUCAUACUGCACAUAAUCAUAAUAAUCAUCAUUUAAAUCAUAAUAAUUAUAAUUCUAAUAAUAAUAACAAUCAUCAUAAUCAUUAUAAUAAUAAAAAUAUGCAUUAUUAUGAUGGUAGUGGAAAUGUUGGUUGGGAGCAACAACAACAUCAACAACUACAACAACAACGUCUAUUAUUAUCCGGUCGUCGUGAUAAUAUUUAUUCUGGUGGUUUUGCCUGCAGAAGGCCAUUAUCAUCAACUGGAUCUGAUUCAUCGCAUUCAUCGUAUUCAUCAUCAGAUUCAGCAAAAGAGAAUCGAAUCUCAAAUAAUAUUAAUGUAAAUAAUAAUAAAAAUAAUAAUAGUAAUAAUAGUAAUAGCAAUGAUAAUGAAUUUAAUAAAAUUAUAAUAUUAUUAUUACAUCAACAGAAACAACAAUUAAUUGAAGAACAAUUAAAAAAAUUAACAUCACAACAAUAUCAACAAUUAUUGUUACAACAUAAUCAACAACAGCAAAAAUAUGCUGAACAACAAAAACAACAAGAACAACAAUCAAAACAACAAAAUUUAUUAUCAAAACAGCAAUUGUAUAACAUAAAUAUUAAUGAUAAUAGUAACAGUAAUAAUAAUUUUGAUAUAAAUAAAUUAUGUUCUAUUAAAAAUAAUAUUAGUAUUAAUAAUAAUAAAAAAACAUGGGCUGAAAUUGGUUCUAAAAAAUGCCUAGGAUUAAAUUCUGAUAUUAAUAUUCAAGGAAUAAAAUCUCACCGUGGCAUGACCGAACACCCAAACACCGAAUCAUCAUCACCAUUACAUAAAUCAUCUUCAUUAUCAUCAUCACCUCGUCGCCCACCACCUCCUUCUUCUGUUUUCUCCUCUAAUAUUAAUAAUCAAAUAAGUUGUAAUAAUAAUCCAACAAUAAUAACUUCACCAAAACGUCUUCAUCCAACAACAUUAUUAUCACCAACAAAAAUAAGACAGAAUAAUCGAAAUUUUCAACAAAAUUAUAUACAAAAUUCAAAUAUUAGCAAUCAAGAAAUAUUGUAUAAAAGACCAUUAACAAGUCCAAAUGCAACAAUAUUUAAUUUGAAUAAUUAUUAUAAUAAUGGAAUGCCAUACAAUUAUAAUACAUUUAAUGCCUACAAUAAUAUUCAAUGUAGUGUUGGAUCACUUAAUGAUAUUAAUGACAGCAAUAGUAGCAUUAAUGGAAGUAAUACAAGCCAAGAUAAUAUAUUGCAAAGAUCAAUUGAAAAUGAAUUAACUGAAGAACAUUUAAAACAAAAUGUUGCAAUUGUAUUAAAUAAUUUAGAUCGUCGUUAUCAAAAUACAUUACGUAGCAUAAUAUUAAAUGAACAAAUUAAUAAUUUGGCAUUAAGUUAUAAUAAUAACGAUAUCUUUUCAACAUCUGGUCAAAAUAAUUCAAACGAUAUUACAAUGAUGGCAGCAAAUUUAUUAUCAAGUCCAGUUAGUGGACAAGAUGAUUAUAAUAGUAAUCCAGCUAAUAUUGGUCAACAGCAUUUAACAACAUUUGCUACAGCAUAUGGUAGUCCAAAUACACCAGGAUUUACAUUUACAAAUGGUCAUUUGAAUUGUUCAAUAGCUUCAUCACAUGAUUUUACACAUGAUAAUUCUGAUUAUCAAUGGUUUUUAGAUUAUGGUUAUAGAGAUGGUGUUGCACAUCAAAGUGUACUAUCAUCUUUAUCAGCUUCUUAUAAUGGAAUUGGUGAAUUAUCUUAUUAUGAAGAUUUAGCUAAAGAUAUUGAUGCUAAUUUAGCUGAAGUUGAUAUGGAAAGUUUUCGUACUGAAGAUAUUCAUUCACUAUUAACACAUAUACCAUCAUUUUGUAGUAAGAAGCAUACAACAAGUGAAAUUGAUAAUUCAAUAUGUAAAUCGGAGCUAUUGUUUUCACCAGUUAAAGAAUCCCAUAUUAGUACUGAUUCAUUGGAUUUAGAUGCAUAUCAAGAUGAUGCUGAUAUUAUUUUAACUUGUAAAGCUAAUAAAGACAAUUAUACAAUUGCGUUUGAAGGGAGCACAUUAUAUUCGGAUGAAAGUUUUUAUGCUGAACCGAAUGAAUUAAAUAUUAGGAAUAGACAAAAUUUUAUAAAUUUGCAUAGCAAUUUAGAUGACAUUGUAAAAAGAAAAUCUUUAGAAGUAUCAAUGUGUCGAUCGGACAAUGCUUUUACAACGUGGAGUAAAUUAAAAAAGAAUAGCGCAUUGCAGUUGCAAAGAUAUCCUUCUGGGAACAAUAAUACAUCAAUUAAUGUCAUUACGAGACACGCUCCACACUGUUUUGUUCGAAAAAGUUCAAGCUUACCUAAUUUACGUAUAAGAAAAGAAAUUCAAAGGCAAUUAAAUGUUUCUCAAGCAAUCAGUACUUCAACUGUUGACUCCACAAAAUUACGUAAUCUUCUUCCUAUGUGCCAGAUUCCUGUUUCAGCAAUAUCAGUUGAUGAUUGUAGCACUGACCAAACAAAUGAAACUGGAGAUGGAUCAUCAAAUGUUAUGCACACAACUGAUGAAUCAUCAAUUGGUAACGGAACAGAUUGCGGCUCGAAUGGUGGCUCUGGAGUAAUAAAAAACCAGCAACAAAAUCAACCAGCAUUUAAUCUAGUCAAAUUGUUUAUAAAACAAAAAAGUAGUUCAAGUGAUACUUGUAUGGAUGUUUCAUCUGGCUGUUGGCCAUCAAGUAAUGCUAGCUCAUCUUCUGAGCAACAACAAAAUAAUCAACGGUGUCGCAAGAAAAUUAUGCAUGACUCUGAUAAAUCAUGUUCUUCUGGCACAACAGCAAGAGAUGCUAUUAAAGAAGAUGAUAAUCUUCUUGAAACCGAAUUGAAAAUCGUUGAACAUACAGAUGAUGACGAUGAUAAUGUAAUGACAUUAAAUCAAAAUAAUCGUAAUACAGCUUUAGAACAAGUCAAUGAAGAUUCAAGUUAUCAACUAGAUAGUUUAGACAUAUGUGAAGAAAGUAAUUGUAGUAAUAAGGAUUCGCUAAACACAACACCAACUAAAAAGACUAAAUCAACUGAAUUAUAUCGUGAUGCUUAUGAAAGUUCACCAACACAUAAAUUACGUAUGCAACAACAACAACAUUUACAGCAACAAAUUCUACGGAACCCACAAUUAUUAAAUUUAGCUUUACAAAAUAAUAAUAAUAAUAAUUUGAAUAAAAUUAAUAACAACAACAGUCUUUCAUCGGACGCUAGUCGAACUUCAGAUAAUUUAACCCAAAUUUAUUGCAAUAACAACGCUGAUCGAAUUAAAAUACCAACAGAAGUGGUUACACGUUCAAUACAAACAUCAUUUUUGCUCAAAGAUCGUGUACGUUUUGUACCUCCAUCAUUUUUAGCUAAAUUAAAUAAACUAGGUGAUGAAAAGCCAGCUCCUGUUUAUGUCAUUUAUCCAAAUUAUGCUCUACCGGACUUAGGAUUUGUUAAAAAUAAUUUAGCUGACAUUGUUUUAUCGCCUUUUAAUUAUAAAGCAGCGUUAGCGGCUGCAACUGGAAAUCAUCGUAAUUUCAAAAUAAGACCAAAAUCAUUGACUAGUUCUCAAGAAGAAGUGUUAAAGAAUAUAGAUUAUAAAAAUAUUACUGAUUGGAAAUCAUUAGUCACAUUACUACCAAUAGAAUAUCGUAAACGAUUAAAACACAUUCCGGAGGCAGAUAUUGAACUAGAUCCUGAAUGUUCAAUGAAACCUUUAUUCUGUAUGUCACCACCGAUAAGAAGAAAUGCUGUCAAAACAAAUUUAUGUGAUUGUGCUAUGUUUUUCCAACAACAACAACUACAACAAGCCUGUGAUUCCAGUUCUGGCUCUAGUCAUCAACCAAGUUCUGGUUACCGUGGAUCAUCAACACUCCUAACAGAUUCAGAUUUUGACCCGCCAACUUUAACAUCGAACUCGCCAGGCUCAGCCCCAGCACUUAAUAACAUAGAUCCUCUAAAAAAUAUGUUCGUUUACCAAUAUGAAAAUAAUAGAAUCGAUUCAGAAAUUUUACAAGAAAAGCUGCCACCAAGUGGACGUACACCCAAGGGAAUUUUAAGACGUAAUUUAAAAUCAGGAUCUCAAGCAACACGCUUAAAACGUAAUAGCAUGUUUGAAGAAGAAAAUUCCAAUGUUAGAAAUUUAGAAAAACGCAGAAGCUUACAAGAACCACCUUAUGAUGAACAUAAUAUAAUAGAAGAAUAUUUAGCUGAAGCACCAGAAGAUGAAAAAGAGUUACAAUAUUAUGAUGAUAUGCAUCAAAAUUUACUAUCAGAUCGUAAUGAUAUUAAUUGCAUACUCGAUAAUUAUUCAAAAAAUCGGAAUUCACUCGAACGCAAAUCAAGACGAGACUAUGAUCUGGAUGCAAGAAUUCGAGCUGAAAAUUUUCUUUCAAAUGUACCAAAAUCUGACUUAAAAUAUUAUGCUGAAAUUGCAAGUAUAUUAGAAUCAGCUGAGAACAAUUCAACCAAUAUACAAUAUGAUGCCGUGAAAUUGAAAAAUGAGGUCAGUCGAGCUCUAUGUCAACAGAAACGUGUUUCAUUUAUUCAAAAUGGCAAUAUUGAAAGUGGUGGUCCUACACACACAAAUUAUUUGCAUACUAAUAUAAGUGGGAAGAAAUUCACAACGCCCCCAAAUUCACCAAAUAUAUCAAUGGCUGGAUUACGUGUCAAUAAUAGUAAUAAUAGACUUGAAAAAGAAAAUAUUAAAGAAAUGACACAAGCGGAAAAAGAACGGCAGAAUAAAAUUUCAAGUAAUCGAUUUAAACGAUUACAAAUCCAAUGGGAAUUAUUAAGUAAAGACUCAAGUAUGAUGCUUAAAGAUUUAGCUAGUGAAAAAGAAACAAAGAGCGGUGGAUCAACACCUACGUCGGCUAGUGGCGGACUACGAUCCAGAAUACCAAGACCAGUUAGUUAUCCAGCCAGCAAGAGAAAAAUUAUUCAGAAUAAAUCUAAUCCUGUAAACAGGCCGACACAAGAAGUAACUAAAGCUUUUAGAUCACCAAGUCGAAUUGUUCCUCCAAAAAAAUAUACGGCGCCGCCGAAUACGUCGCCAAUUAAUGCUCCGACACAUACAACCGCUCUAACAACGGUAAAUAAUGUUACAGGUCAAAAUGCAACCUGUAACAGAGCAAGAACACCGAAUAAUAGAAUAUCAAAUAAUGGAAAUAUUUCAACACCUAAACAACGUGUACAAUCACCAAGAGCAACACCUCGUACACGAUAAAAUCAACAACUAUAAACUUAGAAUUAGAGAAUUGUAGUUGAUUUAAUUUAAAGAAUAAAUAAAAAAUUAUCAGACUAUUUGAAAAUAAAUGAAUAAUAAUCAUUAUAUAUAUAUACAUAAUCAUUUAAGCCAUAAAAUUUUAUUUAAAUUAAUUCGUUUUUAUUUUUUUUUUUGAUUUAUAUAAACUUUUGAUAAUUUAAUAAGAAAAUCUGUAAUGAAUUAUUGAUCAAAAAAUUAAAGCAAAAUUAAAUUUAAUAUACAUAAUAUGUAGAUUUAUUUUAUGUGAUCUAACAAAUUUUAGUAAAAAAAAGUUAAAAAAAGGUAAAAAAAAAUUUUUAUUAUAGUACAUAAUAUUAAAUGAAAAAAUAGUUCGCAGAAAAGAAAUAAGAAUUUUUUUUCUUAAAUUAUUAAUUAUAUCAGGAAAAUAAAAACAUCAGAUAUUAUGUAAAUAAUAAUUACUAUAAUACAUAUAUAAUAUAAAAAAAAUUAUAUUUAAAUGAUUCAGUGAAAAAAACAAAAAUAUAAAAAUAUUAAAUUUUAAUUAUAAAUUAAAAAAUGCUUUUCAUUUCCUUAUUAUUUUAUUAUUAUUUUAUAACAAGUAUAUUUUUAAUGUAAUUUUGGAAAAAAAAAAAUUCAAAAAUUAUUGCAUGUAUAUUUGAAUAAGAGAUAAAAAAAAAAAUAAAAAGCUUCCAACUCCUCCGCCCCCCCCCGCCCUCAUAAAAAUUCUGAUAAUAUUUUGAAAUAUAUACAUAAAUUUAUUGAAUUAUAUAUAUGUACAUCAAAUUUGAAUAAUUUUAUAAAACAAAAUAUGAAAAAUGAUGAUUUCUAACUUAUUAAAUAAAUUUAGGGGCUUUAGUAUAAAAUUUAUGUAUAAAAUAUAUAUUUAUAUACACAUUUAUAUAUUAAAUAUACUGACUAGAAAUUAAAAAAUCAAAUAAAAACAAAACAAACAACAAUUCAUAAUCAUAAUUCAUAAUCUUCAAAACAAAAAAAAAGUUUUUCAUUUGAUUGAAUAAUUUGCUAAAAAAAAAGAAAAUAAAUAACAAACCUUUUUUUAACAUUUUAAGCUUAAAAGAUAAAAAUGAAAGUAAAUAUUUAAUAAAAACAAAAGAUUUCUAGCAUUAAUUAUAUGUAUAAAAAAGAAAAUAUAACAUUAAAUAGUUAAAAAAUAAAGAAACAAAUUGUAAUUAAAAAUUAAAUCAGAAAAAAGUAUAUACUCAUUGUAAAUGAAAAUUAUAUAUUACAAAAAAAAAAAAAUUAAUGAAUAAAAACGCGUAACAGAAAAAUUAAAAAAAAAAAGAAAUCUUAAAAUAAUAAUAUGACAUGUAAAUUUUUAAAAGUAGAUAAUAUUAUUAUUAUUAUAUGUUUAUAUAAUUUAUAUAUAUAUAAUACGCAUAUUUAUAAAAUACUUAUUUAAAACAAAAAUAUAUAUAUAUAUAAUUAAAAACAAAAGGAUAAUAAUAAAACAAUAACAAUGAUAAUAAUCAGAUUAAUAAUUCUUAAUAAAUAAAAUUUAUAUUAAUAUUACAUUUAAAAUAUACAUUAGAAAUGAGUGCAUAAAUUCUUAAAUAAAAAAUAUUUUAAAUAAAAAAAAAAAAUCUAUUUCUAUUGAAUUCAAACUACAUACACGAAUAGUUUUAUAUAUUUACCGAAAAUUCAAUGAAAUCUAAUUUAUUUAGUAUUUUCUUUAAUCAUACUUUAUUAAAAUUUUAUUAAAAAAUUCUAUUUGCUUCCGUGGCAACAUGGAAAAAUGACUAAAAUUGAAAUUAUUAUUUUUGCUCUUGUUAGAAUUUAUAAUAAAAAAUGUUUCAUAUAAUUUGUACAUUUUUUUUUUUACAAAUGAUUAAGAAAGUCUAGUUUUUUAUUGAAUAAUAUUUUUCUUAAUUUAUUUUUCUCUUUAUACAAGUAUAUAUUGAGAAUAUGAACAGCAUUUACUUUUUGCUUCUCACACCCUCUUCCUUAUAAUUAAAAUUUUAUUUUUUAUAGAAGAGAGGAUGUGAGAAAUAAACCAGAAGGGCGGCUGUGCAUACGCUCAAUGCUAUACCCAUCUAAACAAAUCCAUUGUGUAUUAAUAAGAAACUGUAAAUUUUUUUUAAAACUGUAAAUUUAUUAUAUAAAAUGUUAAAAACAUCAUAUUUUUUUACUUUAUUCACAUAAUUUGCUUAGUUUGUUUUAAUUGACUUUCAGUAUUGUAAUAAGAACUAAUUAUAAUAGUAAUUGAAUACUAUCAGUUAAAUUUAACAUUAUAAAAUCAUAAUUAAUUAACAAAUACAAUAAAAUAUCAUAAUAUAAAAAUUGACAUUAAUAUUUCAAUAGAAUUUCAAUGUUAUUCAAUAUUUUAUAUAAAAUAAUAUUUUUAAUGUAUAUUUUUUAUGUAAUAUUUUACAAGAAAAUAAAAAAACAAAAAAAUUAAAAGAAAUAAUUACGAAAAUAAUAUGAAAAAAUUCGAAAAAUAUUGAACAAACAAAAAAAAAUAUAAAAAUCGAUUUAAAUUUUAAUAAAAGGAAAAAAAUAUUAUAAAAAGAAAAAAAUUGUGUAAGAAAAAAGAAGAAUUGUAUUAAUUUUAUUUUUUUUUUGUUUCUUUUAUUAUUUUCGUAAUAUGUAAAAUGUAGCUUUUUUUUUUCUAAAAUUGAAAAUUAUGUAUAUCAAAAAUGUAAGUAAAAAAAUCGUAAUAUUGCUCUGGUAAUUUGAAUUCGAAAAAUAAAAAAAAUUCGAAACCCUGACAUGAAAAAAAUUAUUAUUUUAUUUUAAUUUAUUUUGUAUUUAAAAUAAGUGAGAAACAAAAAUGAUGUGUAUAUUGUAUGUGUAUUAUAAAAAUGAGUGAUCCAAAUUUUUUUUUAGGUGAUAGAUAUUAUUUAUGAAUAUUAUGUAAAAUUUAUGGAAUCGAAUUAAUUUAAAUUUUCUAAUAUGGUGGUAAUUUUGUAUAUUUAAAGAGGGUGGUAUAUAUUGUUGUGUACUAUUUUAUAAUUUGAUUUUUUUUAAUUUUAAUAUUUUCCUCCAUUUAAAUCUAUUUUAUUUUAUUAAUAAUUAAAAUGAAUGUUAUUUUUUAGUUUUUAAUUAAAAGUCGACAAAAUUUUAAUUGAAAAAUUUUUGUUUUUUUUUUUUUGUUUUUUGCUACGAACGACUUAAAUUAUAUACAAAAUAAUUCAAUAUAUAUUUCGAAUUAAUAAGAAAUUAUUAUAAAAAAAAAAAAAUAAUUAAAUUAAUAAUUAAAUGCUUAAAUAGCAGCCUAUAUUAAAUAUCAAUUUUAAAAUAAGAAAAUCAAAUUACAAUUGAAUUUCAUUUUCUAGAACCAAUUUUCUUUUAUUAUUUUUAAUCUUCUGUUUGUAAUUCGGUUCAUUUAGUCAACAAUAAAAUUUAUUUUAUAUUUUUAAUUUCUUAAAAAUUACACUUUCACAUCCGUAAAACAAAUCCGUAGUUUUAUCUAUUAAUCAAUAUAAAAAAAGUAUUAAUAUUAAUAUUUAAGAGGUGAGGUUGUUGUAUUAUAUUAUUUGAAAAUUAUAAAUUUUAAUUUAAAAAUUAUUUAUCGGUGGGCUAAAAAAAAAAAAACAAACUACACAAUUUAUGCAUUUUAUAUUUCAUAUUAUCGACUAGAUAAAAAAAAAAAAUUCUAAUGUAAAAUAUUUUUAAGUUUAAGAUUUAUUUAAUAAGAAAUACGAACACUUAAAACGUCUGCUUCGAAUCAGUAUAACAAGUAAAAGAAAAAAAUAAUAUAGCGAUUAUUUAAAAUAACAUUAAAAAAAAAAAAAACAAAACGAUUUAUAUAUAUAUUUUGUUUACUUUUUAAAAUUUAAGUAAAUGAUGUAAAAAAAAUCCUUUCACAAUUUUUUGAUUAUAAGAUUAAAUUUUUUUAUUUAUAUUUCACUUAUUUCCUAAUUAAUUUUUGUCUUCUGUAAUUAAAAUUAUUCUUUACUUAUUAUAUCUUUUCUCUAUUUAUUUAAAAAUUUUAUUUUAUUUAUUCUCAAUGUGUAUUCUUUUUGUACUUUUAAAAUAAAUUAAUUUUCAUUUAUAAAAUUCUUUUUUUUUGGUUUUUCUUAAUUUUGAAUGUAAUUUUUGUUUCAAUUAUUGUAUCUUUUGUUAUAUUAGUAAUGAUAUUAUUUUUGUAAUAUACCAUAUAAGAACGAAAAAUUAAUAAAAAAAAAAUAUAUUAAAAUAAUUAUU